GACAUGUAGUUUUUACUUUAUACCCGUUCGCAUAAACCUCGCCGUCACGCCGUUCGUUGAGAAAACCUCAUCGGGAUUUCACCGGAGCUGUCACCUUCCGAUUCUUACGGACCCUGUUUUCAGGUGAAGAUGGUGAACCAAAGGCAAAGACUUGCUCGGAAAAAGUACAAAGAAGAGCACCCAGAACUUUUCCCGAAAGCAGAGCCAACGCCACCGAAAGACCCGGACAAGAAGAAGAAGAAGAGUAAAUUCAAGCGCAAAAAGGAAGAAUCGAACUCAAACAGAGACCCAACUAAACCCCACAAAAAGGGUUUUAAGAAACACCCUCUUAGAGUACCUGGGAUGAAGCCUGGAGAAAGCUGCUUCAUCUGCAAAGCUAAUGACCACAUUGCUAAGCUUUGCCCUGAAAAGGCUCAAUGGGAGAAGAACAAGAUAUGCUUGCUUUGCCGGAGACGAGGGCACAGUCUCAAGAAUUGUCCAGACAAAAAUGAAGGGACCGUGGACAAGAAGUUAUGCUAUAACUGUGGUGAAACAGGACAUUCACUAGCUAAUUGUCCACAACCCCUUCAAGAUGGGGGAACUAAAUUCGCCAGUUGUUUUAUUUGUAAUGAAAGUGGACACUUAAGCAAGAAUUGUCCGAAGAAUACUCACGGGAUCUACCCUAAGGGUGGUUGUUGUAAAACUUGUGGAGAAGUCACACAUUUAGCUAAGGAUUGUCCAAAGAAAGGAACCCAAGUGUUUGAUAGGGCUGGUGUAUUUGGUUACAGAUCAUCUGGAUACGUGGAAAUGCCAAGACGACCAGAGACGAAGCUAAUCAGUGGUGAUGAUCUUGAGGAUGACUUCAUGAUUGAUGAAGGUAGUUUGCAGAUCAAAGAUGCAAAAAUGGGAAAGAAAAAGGGUCCUAAAGUUGUGAAGUUCAUGGACUGAUUGAUAGCUGUAUGAGAUAAAUUGAUUUGUUCUCUUGUGUUUGUUGUAAAGACCCUUUGUUUUGCACACAAGAGAAAACGGGGUAGUUUUGGAACGUUGGCCCAUUAUUAUUUAUAAGCGUUUCUCUUCCCUCCCUAAUAGCAAUUUAUUUUCAUCAGAUAAUGUCUCAAAAGGAGGCUCAUUAUUUGAUGACUUUUUCGAGGAA